UCAGAAAAACUAACAAUGAAAUUCGCAAUUGUUCCUGCGGCCAGCAUUGCCUGCAUAGGCCCUGGAGGUCCAGCCGGAAAUCCCUUUGCCGCUGCCAAUCCCUAUGCGGCCGCCUUUAAUCCCUUCCUGAAUGGAAUUUUCGGUGGUGCCGGAACUGGAGCUGCCGCUGGAGUGGCUGCUCCCGUUGCACCUGCCCCUCUUUUCGGAGGCGCCUCGAUCUCCUCCUUCUUCCAGUCGAUAGUCCUGCAACGCGAGGCCGAGCGUUGCUGUCCCAGCCCGUUUCCCACCGAUCUGGCGGAGCGUGUCCAGGAUGUGGUUGCCGGCUCCCAGGAGUCGAUCAGUGGCUGCAACAACGCCACCCUCCCCUGGCUCCAGAUCCGCUGUGUGAAGCCCCUGCUGACCAAUGCCAAGAACCAGCUGAAGCUCAUCGAUGACGAGUGGCAGGCUCGUUUGGCCGCCAGCACCACCGCCAGUCCCGCCGGAGCAGGAUCUGCCUAGGAUCCGCGCCCUGCCCUCACCUGCCCCCUUUAAUAUCCAAUAUGCCUUAGCUAGCAAUCGACCAACAUAGAUGCAAUAAAAUUUAAAUAAGUUUAAUGCAGGAA